AUGCCCAUCCUCAAGAUUAAAAUGCCUCAUCCGACAGCGUCAACUUCAAAAUCUCCUUCCUCUGCAGCGCCCACUCCGGCAAAUUAUACUUCAACUCAGACCCCCAUUCAACGAACUUCUCCUCCGUCACAUACUCACAAAUCAUCCAAUUCGAGAUCCGCCAGUCCGGAACGUCCUCCCGUUUCGCCCAUCACUCCUACAUUAUCGGCCGCGAGGCUCGUCUCAACCUCCAAUGUAAAUGCGAAUGCGAACCUGGGAGUCGCCGCGAAAAAUGGAUCGACGAGAUCGGAAUCGCAAUCAUCAGGCUACGCGCCACGAAAUCAUGUUGGAGGAAAGAAUAUCGCAAUCAUGAAUAAUACGAUUGCGGCUCAGAAUAAUAGUCCGCAGCCAAUGCCAACCCAUCCAGCUAUGCAAGCGCAAGCUCAUGCGCUCAGAGAAACAUAUACGCAUACACAACAAGCGCCACAGGUAUCGAUGCCGCAACCGAAACCGCCGCCGCAGACGAUUGAUUUGAGUGAGAAUCCAGAUGCUUUGGCUGUGAAAAGUGCGAUUUCGAUAUUACAGUUGCAGAUGAGAAAUGCGAAGAGGGAUAUGCUUACGUUGCAGAGGAUUAAAGAGAGGGCGAUGGAGGAUCCGGAGGGAUUUGUGGGAAGUUUAAAGGAAGGGGAACAGAGGGAGCGAGAAGAAAAUGCGAGGAAGAGGGGAAGAAUGGUCGUGGAUACGGAAAGUAGUAGUGAUGAGGAUGAGGAGUCUGAGGAAGGCCAGGCCAAUGAAGCGCAGGCAAACAAUCCAAAGUGGGAAACCCUACCAACACCUCAAAACAUAGUACGCUGUCCACCGGUUAAUUGGGCGAAAUAUGGAAUUAUGGGGGAGAGUCUAGAUAGGCUGCACGCAGAUCAAAUCCGGAAACCAAGUCAAGGAAUCCCGGCUACUAUUAAUGCGGAUUGGAGCACGACACACAAAUACGGAGAUGGAAUCAAGGAGAAAUAUGCGAUGCAGAAACCACUUGAGAUAGGCGAGGUGGAACCACAACCGAAGAAGAAAAAAACGCCUACUGGUAAAAAAGAUUGA